GCGGCGCGGGCGGCAGCCGGCGGGGCGGGGUGAGUGCGGGCCCCGCGGCCCGGCUUGCGCCGCCUUCCCGGGGCCCGGGCUCGGCCUGGGGGCUGCUCCGCGGCUGGGCGCCCGGCGGCCUCGCGGCGCCCCGGAGCAGCCCCGCGGCGGCGGUGGCCCCGCCGCGCCGCCCCGGCCUGCAGCGCGUGUCCGCACGGUGCCGCCGCCACCGUCAGGCAGCCCCGCGGCGGCGAGCGGCAGCAAAACCGGCCCUGGCACCCCCUGGCACGGCGCCCGUAAGCCCCGAGGGCUCCCAGGGACGCCCAAGCAGGGCCCCGCAGACAGAGACACGCUCGACGGGCAGCCCUUGCGAGGCGGCAGGGCUGGGCUCCGUGGUGCCUCAUCUCACCCGCUGCAUCCUCCCUUUCCUCCAAUGGUAGGAAGUAGGGGUGAAGCUGGUGUGAGCGCUGAUGAAUUACUGCUCGGAGAGAGCCAGGAAGGAUGUGUGUGCCUGCAAGUCCGGUGUGGUGUUACAGCUCCGGUUGUGCUUAAGCAACCUUUCCUUUACUACCGGUCUCCAGGCACAGGUCGUCUGUCGUUGGUCUGUUCUGGCUACUCUUCUGCCAAACACGUCUGGAGCAUCCUCACAAUUCAGGCCAAGUCCUCUCCUAGAUAUACUGCUGAGUGACAUAUAUUAACUUAGCCUGCUCCUGGAUUUAUUUGGCUAGGUGCUGUCCUUAUUAGGAACUGAAUUAGAUGAUGGGCUCCUGAGAACGGGGUAAAAUCUCCUGGUUUGUGCCACCGAGCAGAAUCAACCUGGACUAAUUGUAUGCUGACUCAAAAGAGACUGAGAGAAUUCCCAGGCAAAAUACAAUAAGGCAGCCCUCCACUGCAGCUGCUCUGUAAAAUCCACCUCAAUGAAUACAGGUUUCGGAGCUUUGCCCAUGUUGUUCCAGCAUCCUUCGGUGUGUGGCCUGUCACGGAUCACCCCUAACUUGUACCUCAGUGAUGGUGCCGCUGCCAGUAAUAAGUUCCUGCUCCUUACAAAUCAAAUCACCACCGUCAUCAAUGUUGCUGUGGAGGUGGUAAACACUUUCUAUCCAAACAUUGAGUAUAUGUGUGUUCCUGUGGUGGACUCCCCCCUCUCUUGGAUCUGCAGUUGCUUUGACGCCGUAGCGGAUAAGAUACACAGUGUAAGCAUGCGUCAGGGCCGAACGCUGCUGCAUUGCGCUGCGGGGGUCAGUAGGUCAGCGACCGUGUGUUUAGCCUAUCUCAUGAAGUACCAGUCUAUGUCUCUGGCAAGCGCGCAUGCAUGGGUCAAGUCUUGCCGUCCCAUCAUACGACCCAACAACGGCUUCUGGCAGCAGCUCAUUCAGUACGAGUACAAACUCUAUGGUACUAACACAGUCCGAAUGAUCAGCACUCCAUUGGGAAUGAUACCUGAUGUUUAUGGAAGGGAAGUCAGACUAACGCUACCCUUCUGAAUACAAACUAGCUUUACGACAUCUUGACAAGAAAGCAAGAGAAAGCCAAAAGCAUUUCUUCUAGACCUAUCUUGGAACUUUGAAAAUAAAACUCUUCAGAUCUGAGAAAGCUGUCGCAUGAAGUCUCUGAUGCUAAAAGGAUGGGGAAUCAGUGAUAAGAAUGGAGACUUGUGUGUUUUACUAUAAAUAAAAUCAGCACAGUUUAAACCAAGCAGUUAGUUUUCACACAUCAUUUGUGUUGGGGUCCCAACAGUAACUCUGAAACCAACUGUCACAUGUUUAGAAAGUGUUGUUUUAUCUCAGUACAAACUGUGCUUAUGCUACAGGACAGAAACUAGCUGCGAUUCAGGAAUUUGGAAAGUUACCAACAUUUUUUUUUUCCUAAUUGGGAUAGGACUUUGGGUUUUGAUAAAGCAAUCCUAAAUUCAAUCAUCUGCUGCAUUUCAGAGAGGCCAGGAACAGUGAAGACUCCUGCAUUCCCAGCUGGAAGAUACCUAUGAAUGUCCUACUUUUUACUACCUAACCCUUUCUCUUCCUCUACCUAAUCUCCCAGCCCUUUUUCAGAAAGGUGCCUUGGGCUCCCUUGGGAGAUCCAUAACUAUUUGGGUGAGCUGCUCUGAAGGAAUCCUCUUUGUUCCUAUACAUGCAAAAUCUUCUCAGAUCCCUGAUGCUGCCUUUGAACCAUUCACAUCCAGGUGGGCUGGGAAAUCAAGGUGGGAGCAAUAAGAGGAAUCCUACUGUCAGUUUGAAUCAUUGCUGCAAGGUCAGCACCUUGUUAUAAACUGGAAGUCUGAUCUGGACACACCUGGGCAUCUUUGAGCACCAGGCCAUGUAUUGAUUCCUGAUGUGUUUAUCACAGCAUAAGUCUUCAGUUCUAGCUGUAUCUAGCCUUAUCUUGAGCUGCGAUAACAACUCUUCUGGCAUCAUUAUUCUUGACUUAGAUGACUGGUUCUGGUGUCCAAGAUGAGGGCCUACAUAGAUCAGGAUGGAAGAAGAUCUGUUCAGCUUCAAGGCAGAGGAGAAAACAAAAGUCUUUGUUCCUGUUGUGAGGCAUCUUUAGACGGUCCAGUGGACAACAUUCAUCAUUUCGACCUUUUCUCUGCAAUCAGAUAUGACUGCCCAUUUCUGUCCUUGGGUUUAACUAUGCUUCUGAGCAGUAGAGCAGCAGUGUUGUAGCACAUGGCAGAAGCCUUCUUCAGCCCACUGCCACACCAGCUGGGAUCCCCGACACGCUGGAGGACUCUGGCACGCCUUUGCCCCCAGCUGCAUUCCCAGAUUUUUUAAAGGCCAGGUAUGAUGUUGUUCCCUACCAAUGGAGUGCUUCUCCACCCCCACAGAGAGCAACCUGAAGAACUAGCUCACUGCGGGUCUUAGAGCAGCUUGAAUGAUAGUUGUGGUGGGUGAUAAGAGCCUGAUCUUCAUUUGGGUACAUUGGCUUUCUCCCAAGGGACUCUCUAGAAGCACAGCAAAGACCCAACUCCUCAUGAACAUUUAAGAAUUUCCUCUUGCAGAACAGAAAUGUUCAAGAAAAGCGACGGAAUGAGAUGGUUGAGUGCAGGGAUAUCACAGAGAAUAUCAUGGACAUGAUAUAUCUCUUGGAGGAACUGUUACCAGCCCUGUGUGCUGUAUAGCCACCUCAAGCGCCUCCCAGCUUGGAUAUCUAAUUUGGCUCUUCUGACCGGAUGGGGGUGCAGUUAGUGGCUGUAGAGUUGUUCCCACCCCUUCUCUACUCCAAAUGUGCAGCCAGACCCUGUGCUUUCCCUGCCAAGAACAACAGUGCUGCAAGCAGCCCUAGCUUGUCCUGCAGAUGUCUGGCUCUUGUGUGCCUGUUGUGGAGGGGACCACUGGUUAGAUCUCAGGCACCCUCUGUCUGAGAGAGGGGAGACCAGGGCUCUGCAUACAUGGAGGCAGAUGGGGGGGUCACUUAAGUGGGAGUCCUGGCAGUCCAUAAAGCCACUUUAGAAAAAGGCUCUCAAACUUCACAGAGAACUAACUUUUCCGGGGACUGUGCCUGCAGAAUAUAAAGCCCCAGAUGCCAAAUCUUCUAUCCGCGGAAGUCAUUUGAUAGUUGCUCCCCAUAGCAAUGGCUGUCUUCACAGUCAGCGGAGAAGACACAUGCACCUUUAAAAUCCUGGUUCAGCACUCAGUGUCAGGGAGCAGCUGCUCUGUAGGGGAAGGCGAGCCAUGAGCUGAGGACGCCAGCAAGGCAGGCAGGGGCAGCAGCCUCACCAACAAGGGUGCAGUCCCACGGCACCUGCGUGAGGCGAGCAGAGCAGGUCCAGUGACAGUAACCAAAGUCAGCUGAGAGUCCAGGUCACCAGGCAAGUCUGUAGUGAUGAGGCAAAUCCAAGGUCAAGCCAGGAAGUCAAGUCAGUAGGUCAGAGUCUGGAUCCAGCUCAGUGGGGUACGUGGCCAAGCACAGGCAUGGCUGCAAAGUAGCUCUGGCAGGUGCCGGCAAGGGCAAGUGCCUCAGUUCAAAUCGUGCUCGCAAGAGAAACGGAGGGAUGAGGGAUGGUGCUGCUACUCUCAGCUCUUUAUUGAACACCUCGUUCUUCACAGCUAUAAGAACCCAGGUUAGACAGUUGCACCAGACCAGAGAGCUGAACUCCUAAGAGGUGGCAGUGCACUCUGGGCCCUGACAUUCAAAGCUAUUGAACGGAGCUCUCAUUCCCCUUGACUGGAAAGUCACAUGGUGCCAGUACUGCUAAGGUCCAGUGAGUUCCUUCGUGCCAUUUCCAUAGGUCAAGAAAAAGGCAGUGCUCCUUUGUUUCAAUAAAAGCCUGUGCCCAGUACAGCAGCACUUUGGCUUGGACACAAGCUGGCUGGCUUAAGAGACCAGUAAGGCAUGCUGGAUACAUCAGUAUCUGCAUUUCACAAUAGCCCAUGUAUCGUUUAAGUUUUCAUACAUCAGUAUAACGUUAUGCAUACAGUAAGUAGCACAGUAUUAUAACCACAGGAAAUAUUUGUAUCUUAAACAUCUACUCUCUUAUGUAAAGUUCAGAUAUUUUAUGAAAACAAAAUAUAUGAUUCUAUACGAUUCUUUAAGCUUAUGUGAUUUAAUCUUUUAGAAACUCAGCCUUCUGUAAGGUGAUCUUCCUCAAGUAACCACUUUGCAAUGGU